AUGGCUAAGAGUGGUAUUAAGAAAGAUACUGUAGUGGUGGUGGAGAAAAAAAACCAAGCCCCAAUACUGAGAAAAAGAAAACCAGUUCAACAAGAAGAGGAAGAGGCUCACUCCAAUGAUGAAUCUUCAGAAGAUGAGUUAAAUGUUGAAGGAUUGAUUGAUGCAAGUGAAGACGAUGAAGAUGAAGAAGAUGAACAACAAUCCCAAGAAAACAAUAGUGAUGGUGAUGAUGAUUCUGCAGGAGAAAACCCUAUCGAUUCUGAAGAAGAACUUAAUCAAUUAUUAGGUGAAGAAGAAGAUCCAAGUGAUUAUGAUUCGGAAGAUUUUUCUGAUGAACCAAAAGAAGAUGAAUUAUCAGGAAUUAAUAUUAAAUCAUUAUCAGUUUCUGAUCCUAAAACCAUUAACUCAAUUUCAAAAUUUUCUGAUGGAUCAAUAAGAAUUUUAAAACCAGAAAUUGAACCUAAAUAUGAUAGUGAUGAUAGUGAUGUUGAAAAUUUUAAUACUAUUGGUAAUAUUCCAAUUUCUGCUUAUGAUGAAAUGCCUCAUAUUGGUUAUGAUAUUAAUGGUAAAAGAAUUAUGAGACCAGCAAAAGGAUCAGCAUUAGAUCAAUUAUUAGAAUCAAUUGAUUUACCUGAAGGUUGGACAGGAUUAUUAGAUCAGAAUACUGGUAAUUCAUUAAAAUUAACUGAUGAAGAAUUAGAAUUAAUUAGAAAAAUUCAACAACAAGAAAAUACUGAUGAAAAUAUUAAUCCAUAUGAACCUUUAAUUGAUUGGUUUACUAAAGAUGAAGAAAUUAUGCCAUUAACUGCAAUUCCUGAACCGAAAAGAAGAUUUAUUCCUUCAAAACAUGAAGCUAAAAGAAUUAUGAAAAUAGUUAGAGCCAUUAGAGAAGGUAGAAUUAUUCCUCCAAAUAAAGUUCAACAACAAGCAAAAGAAGAUGAUCAAUUUAAUUUUGAUCUUUGGCAAGAUGAAAUUGAAAUACCUGAUCAUAUUAUGAAUUUAAGAGCCCCCAAAUUACCACCACCAACUAAUGAAGAAAGUUAUAAUCCUCCAGAAGAAUAUCUUUUAACUGAAGAAGAAAAAUCUAAUUGGUUAAAACAAUCUCCUAUUGAUAGAGAAAGAAAUUUUUUACCUCAAAAAUAUAAUUCAUUAAGACAAGUACCUGGUUAUAAAGAAUCAAUUAGAGAAAGAUUUGAAAGAUCUUUAGAUUUAUAUUUAGCUCCUAGAAUUCGUCAUAAUAAAUUAAAUAUUGAUCCUGAUAGUUUGAUUCCAGAUUUACCUUCACCAAAAGAUUUACGACCAUUUCCAAUUCGUUGUUCUACUAUUUAUCAAGGUCAUACUAAUAAAAUUAGAACUAUAUCAAUUGAUCCUCAAGGUAUUUGGUUAGCUACUGGAUCAGAUGAUGGUAGUGUUAGAAUAUGGGAAGUUUUAACUGGUAGACAAGUUUUCAAAAUAAUAUUAAUUAAUAAAGAAAUUAAUCAUGAAGAUCAUAUUGAAAGUUUAGAAUGGAAUCCUGAUUCUAAUAGUGGGAUUUUAUCAGUUUGUGUUGGAGAAAAUAUUUAUUUAAUUGUCCCACCAAUUUUUGGUUUUGAUAUUGAAAAUACUGGUAAAUUAAGAAUUGAAAGUGGUUGGGGUUAUGAUACAUUUGGUAAUAAAAAGAAAGAUCUCAAAAUUUCAACCCAAGAUGAUGAAGAUGCAGAAGAUGCAGAAGAUGCAGAACUGGAAGAAGAAAAUGCAACAUCUGUUGAAUCAAAGAAAGAAGUUGCUAAAUGGUAUCCACCAAAUUCUGAACAAGCAGCUAUGGGUAUUUCAGCAAUUAUUCAAUGUCGUAAAACAAUUAAAAAAAUUUCAUGGCAUAGAAAAGGUGAUUAUUUUGUUACAGUUUCUCCCGAUAGUAAAAAUACUGCCGUUUUAAUUCAUCAAGUUUCUAAACAUUUAUCUCAAUCACCAUUUAAAAAAUCAAAAGGAAUUAUAAUGGAUGUUAAAUUUCAUCCAUUUAAACCUCAAUUAUUUGUUGCUUCACAACGUCAAAUUAAAAUUUAUGAUUUAUCUCAACAAAUAUUAUUGAAAAAAUUAAUGCCAGGAGUAAGAUUAUUAUCAUCAAUUGAUAUUCAUCCUCGUGGUGAUAAUUUAUUAGCUUGUUCUUAUGAUAAAAGAGUUUUAUGGCAUGAUUUAGAUUUAAGUUCAACUCCUUACAAGACUUUAAGAUAUCAUGAAAAAGCCGUUAGAUCAAUAAAAUUUCAUAAAGGUAAUUUACCAUUAUUUGCUAGUGCUUCUGAUGAUGGUAAUAUUCAUAUUUUCCAUGGUACAGUAUAUGAUGAUUUAAUGACAAAUCCUUUAUUAGUACCUUUGAAAAAAUUAACUGGUCAUAAAAUUAUUAAUCAAAUUGGAAUAUUGGAUUUAAUUUGGCAUCCAAAACAACCUUGGUUAUUUAGUGCUGGUGCUGAUGGAACUGCUCGUCUUUGGACUACAUAG